AGGCAGCGCACACUGAGCGCAGAAGAAGAAGCAACAGUGAGGCAGGAGGACGGACUGGAGCCAACCCCCAGCAGCAGUCUCAGCCUCAUGCUUCAUCCUGGGCACUUCUCCUCCUCCUGUCGACAAUAUUGUGACAAUAUUUAUUUUUGUAUCUGUCUUAUCUAGUCACAACAACAAAAAAAACACAAAAAGAAAGUGGAAGGAGGAAGAAGGGGCCCGAGUCAUGGAGCUUUAUUGCAUGGAGUCGGACAUAGCCGUGAGAGCCCAGCCUGACCCAAACAUCCUCUAUGAUGACAGAGUGUUGCAAAGUUUAUUAACUAUUGAGGAAAGGUUUUUACCUCAAUGCACGUAUUUCCAGCGGGUCCAGAAGGAUAUUCAGCCUUAUAUGAGACGAAUGGUUGCAGUUUGGAUGCACGAGGUGUGCGAGGAGGAGAAGAGCAAUGAGGACGUCUUUCCUUUAGCUAUUAAUUAUUUGGACAGAUUUUUAGCAGUGACACCCACAAGAAAGACUUAUUUGCAGCUUCUGGGAGCUGUGUGCAUAUUCCUGGCCUCCAAGCUAAAGGACUGCAGGCCGAUAUCAGCAGAAAAGCUUUGCGUGUACACAGAAGGCUCCAUCUCAUCACGAGAACUGCUGGACUGGGAGCUGGUCGUGCUGGGCAAGUUGAAGUGGAACAUGGCCUCAGUCAUCCCCAAUGAUUUUAUAGAGCAUAUCGUACGCAGGCUGCCCCUUCCCAAAGAAAAGCUGGCGAUAGUCCGCAAACACUCAGAGACAUUCAUUGCCCUCUGUGCCACAGAUGACCGCCUUGCCAUGAACCCUCCUUCCAUGAUCGCCACUGGCAGCAUGGGAGCUGCUGUCUGCGGCCUGCAGCUGGACCAAAGCGACCCAAGGCUGAGUCGAGACAAUCUGACAGACCUGCUGGCCAAGAUCACCAACACAGAGGUGGACUGUCUGAGGGCGUGCCAGGAGCAGAUGGAGCGUGUGCUGACCACCAGCCUGCAGCAGGAGAGCAGCAUCCGAGCAGGCAGCAAGGCCAGGGAGCAGCAGGACCAGUCCAGCACCCCUACAGAUGUGCGCGACGUCAACUUAUGAACUCCACCCGACUCACGCACCGCUCAUGCCUGUUUACCGAACUAACAGGAGCACAUGAGCUACCAGUAUCUACAUCAAGGCGCCACAUGAGCGAUGGUGUGAUGAUCUGUGAACUUUUAGAAAAUAAGCAAUUCCUAGUUUUCCUCCUUUUUUUGCCCCAUUGUACCCGGUGUGCUUUUCACCUUUUGUACGGACGAUAUGUAACCAAACAAGCUAUGUAAGAAAAAAAAAAUGGAAAACUUGAUAGUGCCUUAGGUUUCCCUGAAUGGAAACCUGAAUAUAUUUUCAUACUUGAAAAAAAAAACAGCAUAAUUAUAUGAUAUACUUAUUUUUUUGAUACAACCUAGUAGAAAUAAAUGAUAAAUAUUGCAUAUCUAGCUAGCAUUUAGUUAUGAUAUUCUUUUAUCAUCUUAUAGUGAGCAGUUAUCAAUUCAGUUUGUAUGGGUUUUCUUCCCCUGUACAGGGAAAUGCCCAUAGUAAAGUUUGAAAUGCUGAUAAUACAGUACAUGGCAUUUAAACUAAGCUGAGAUCCAAUCAGAGGAGCUCUAUCUAUCAUACUGUGCACCUGUAGCACUGCUUUCUAUUUAUGCUGAAUAGCUAGCCGGGAGUGGGCUGGGCCUGCUCACAGAGGAAGGACACGAGGGGCUUUGAGUCUGGAGCAGGGGCUACUGUUAAAGGUUAACACAGAGGUCAGUUAUUAAGGUCUUGAUUGAACUGGCUUAUCCACAGACCAGUACAGUAGGUUCAUAUAAUUCAGCGAGGCUACAUUGUUAUUGUUCAUAGUCUAGCGUUAGACACACACGUUAGAAACACGUUAGAGUUUAGUAGAUGGGAUUUUAACCUCUGCUAGGUCGUACUGAUGUUACUAGAGGAAAAUAAGAUUUAGCAAGUUUAAUGGAGAAGGAAAUGGAUGCAGGUUGAAGGAAGUUUUUCAAGAAAAGUAACGCAUGUGGAAUGGAAAGAGGAUGCUAGAGGUCUAGAUUGAUGAAUGAUAGCGACUUGGCGAGAAGAACUUAAGCUAUGUCAUGUUUGCAGUUGCAUGAGUGACACACAGUAGGUGGAAAACCCCCUUGUGGGGGGGUUCAGAUGAGUUGCUGCAGAUUCUCCUUUUAUCAAUUUCUCCAUUAACUUUUUUUGAGAGUGGGCGACUUGGAAAAAUAUUGAUGCACUUUUUUAUAGACACACUCCUUAUGUAUGGUAGUGGUGGUUGAGGAGAGUUCAGUGUUUUUUUUCUUUCCUUUAAGUUAUUUUAAUUUUUUUUUCUGGGCUGGAUUCCCAUGGGGUAACGCACAUUGUCUUGAAAGCUACGCCCCGACAGGUGAGUAGACGUUGGAUAAUCUGUGUAAUAGUUUAAUAGAAUAUCAACUAAAGAAAGCCAAGUCACUUGUAGACUUCUUUUUUUUGAUUAUUUGCAUUUAUUUAACCUUACUUGAAUUUAUGUUAAUUCAUAGCCAAACCUUCCAAUAGUUCUUACAAAGGGUCACACGCAUAUUGUGUCCAAAAUAUUCUCUCUUUUUCCUGUUUUUCACUCUUUGUAUGUAAGCCUCUCUGAACUGAAGUGUUACAGUGACAUGGGAGGUAGGGGUUUCAAUGGUUUGAACUGUUUGUCGUUAUAUAACCAAUUUCCCCUUGAGCACAAAUGCUAAAAAGUCCUCUUUACAUUUUACAAAAGAUAUGUAGUUUCUAAAUUCUAUUCAUGUUCUGUUGUGCAACAAGCCAAAUGUUUGUUUUCUCCAAAAAAAGUGCUUUAAACAGAAAACAUGUUUAUGCUUCUAAAGGUUUUGUGUAUAAUUUGAAAGAGAUAAUUCCAAAGUGAGAACAAACUAUAUUAUACACAUCAUUCUCUUGCUGCUAUGAAGCUUUUCUUUUCUAGUCUUACACAAAGAUGCCUUAUUGUGAUUCACUUGUGUGCUGCUAUAUUACGAAAUGUUGUAUAUGUAACAAGUCUUCUUUGCUUUUCCGUUGUAUGUGUACUGGAGGAAACGUAACACAGUUUGGUGCGGGACUGGAAGUACUUGGUUUUGCCGAUCUUUUUUGAUUAGCAUGUUUUCAUUUGUAUCUUUAUACUCUACCAUAUUCUUGCUGCUUCUUUGUUAUGUUUGUGUACCUCAGGUUAAUUUGGACGGAUAGAGCGAGAGUCCAUCUCGCAUUACCUCAUCAAACUUUACAACACAAACGUUGUUUUCACUCUGAACUUGUUGACGGAUUUCACUUUUUUUCAGCCUUGAUGAGAAGGACAGUUAAUCUUCUCUUUGAAUAAAAAAAAAAAAGUCUGACCCCAGAUUCCACUGAACCGUUAUAAGGGCCUGUACUUUAAAAUAGGUUGUUUCAUGUAAGUAAAACAUAUAUAUACUGUAAUGUAUACAUGUAUUUGAAAGAAAACAAAAUAUUGGCAUGUUCAGAUCAGUUCAUUGGAACAAAAUUGAAUAUUGUUUAUUUUUGAGGUACCCAUUCAGUCUCAGUUAAAACCACAAGAAUGUUUUAUCAUUGUUCAGUGUGGUUGUUUUCCAAACUCCUCUCCCACUAUCCCCACGUGCAACCACACAGUGUACCUCAACAAUUUCUCAUCAAUAAAUUGGCUAAAAUCA